GGCCUGCGCGCACACUGACCACUCUGUCGUUAAAUCAUAACACGUCGUAGAAACGGCAAGAAAUCUGAAGAAGAGCAGAAGAAGAGGACAGAGAGUGAUGUACUGGGACACCAUCAUCAAACCUGCAGACAGAGCAGAGCCCAAAAUAAAGAUGGAGAUUUGCCAGCCUGGAUACUACACCGAGGACUUCAGGACGCAGGAAGUGCCCGCCGGCUUCGACUUUGCUUCUUAUGACUACCCUGGUGAAGAGCUGUCUUUUCUGUUAGACAGUAAAGCCCCCGGGCAGCAGCAGUAUCCAGCAGAGAGCAGCUACCCAGAGCCGCCCAAAUCAUCGUCUCUUCCUUACGAUAUCACCAAAGUGAGCACCAGUGACACUGCUCUGUUCAACCUGGACUCGUAUCAGGAGUUCAACUGGUGGAGCUCUUAUCCACAUGAUGGGCCGGCGGUAGACCAGCCACAGACUGGAUACCAGGAGUCUCCGCAGACAUAUCAGAGCCUGGUGCCCCAGGGUGGACAGUUCAGCCCGGCCAUGGAGGGCAGCCACAGCCCCUUCUUGACCGCAAAAGCACCCAACACAUUAAAAAGUGAGAUGGAUCAGAGCUACUACGACUCUGACGGACAGAGGCAUUCGUCGUCCUUCUGGCCGGAUUACCCAUCUCCCAGCUUCGCCACCCCCCUGCCUCACCUGCCCCCGGCCUCCUGCCCCUCGAACUCCAGCCCUCAGUCCUCAGAGCAGUACUGCCCCCGUGUGGCCAAACGCAAAAACCCACACCCUCAGAGACCAGACCGGGAGGGCCAUAUGCCAGGGAUGUCGGCCUAUCCAGGUUCUGGUCCAAUCCAGUUGUGGCAGUUUUUACUGGAACUACUUCUGGACUCGGCCUGUCGUACCUUCAUCUGCUGGACGGGAGACGGCUGGGAGUUCAAGAUGUCCGACCCCGCUGAGGUGGCCAAGCGCUGGGGCCAGUGCAAGAACAAACCCAAGAUGAACUACGAGAAGCUGAGCCGCGGCCUGCGGUACUACUACCACAAGAACAUCAUCCACAAGACGGAGGCAACGCUACGUUACGUUCGAGCACAGCCUAGUCUACGCUUCGUCUGCACAUCAGCUGGGAAGACGGCACAGGAGGUCCUGAUCAGUCUGAACGUUGUGCCCAACACCACAGAGUCGUGGCAGUGCCCCGGGGCGCCAGCAGCAGUGACGUCUGAGCACAGCAGUGAAACAUGGGCACCUCAGUAGGAGAUGGGGGGACUGGACUGGUGCUGCUGGCUGAGAGUGACCAGCCCCUUUCGACAGAGUACCACAGACUACAAAGUGAACACUGGCUCUUAAAGUGGCGAAGUGGUCCCAGUCAGACCAGGAGCCGGUUUGUAGAUGUUGCAUUUCAGGGAAAAUAAAUAAUCCAAAACUCAUAGAAGUCACAAUGCAUCAGUCUUUAAAGACAAUGUGUUAGACUCUGUGAAAUAAUAAGUCUCCUAAUACCUGACUCAUAAACAUGAAGCUCCUUCACCUCAGGGGUUAAUAACUGCAGCACAGGGGGCAUUUUUAGCACUGAAUAGAGGCCAUAUCUUCAUUCGUCGUGUUUCUGACGAGGAACUGAUUUGUAAAUAGUGUUUAUAGAGACCCAUAUGUAGAGUUUUGUGCAUUUAUAUAUUUUUGUAUGCAAAACUCAUGUCUACCUCUGUUGCUGAUCAGAAUAACAUGAAGUGAGAUCACUUGCAGGCAGCCACUGUGAAGGUUCUCGCCUGUGUGAUGAUUGUUUUGUGUAAAUAAACUGUAUAUAAACAUA